AUGGCAGACCAGAUUCCAUUUAUAUUUAAGCUCAUCCUUGUCGGUGAUAGUGGUACUGGCAAGACAACAUUUAUCAAGUGUCAUUUAAAUGGCAAAGCCGAAAAGAAAGACGGGUUUGUCAUUUAUUCACUUCCCUUCGAAACCAACUUUGGACCUGUUGUAUUUAACGUGUGGGAUACAACUGGACGGGAAAAGGCGGGUAGUUUACGCGAUGAUGACUACCAUGGAGGACAUGGCGGCAUCAUCAUGUUUGACAUUACAUCUCGACUUACUUACAAGCGUGUUCCUCAAUGGCACCGGGAUCUCGCUCGUGUGUGUGAAAAUAUGCCUAUAGUCAUUUGCGGCAAUAAGGUGGAUAUAAAAGAGUGUAGUGUUACACCCAGACAAAUCAGUUAUCACAGACGAAAUAACUUGCCGUUUUAUUAUACCUCUGCCAAGUCUAACUAUAACAUUGAAAAGCCAUUUCUUUAUUUGGCUCAACAUUUGGUCGGUGAGCCUACCCUGGAGUUCAUUAAUUCUCCAGUUCUUGCUCCUCCUAAGAUUGAAGUAGAUGCUUAUUUGAUCAAGCAAUACCACGAGGGUUUAGCAAAAGCAGCUACCCAACCUCUUCCUGAAUACGAAUCAGACAGUGAUUUGUGAUUGAACAAAAUAGAAAAGCAUCUUUUUUUUAUAGAGGGGAAUCUCUUGACACGACUGUCUAUAAUAAACCCAAUUAAAAUAUCUAGCCAUUUGUUUACUGGCUAUUCAAUGAAGAAAAGUUAGAUGCUAGUAUAAAAUGGAUUCUACAAGCUCAUUUACAUGCAACAUUUGCAUUGUUUCUUUCUAAAAUAAACCUUC